AUGGCCUCCCCUCACCAGGCCCCCACUCCACUGCUACCUGACUCUGGUGACAAACCUUGCAACAAUGAAGAACUACUGUCUCCAGUUCCAAUACAUGUUGUUACCAGUGCACGUCAACUUCCUGCUGAAUUUCUGGAGCCUUCGCCUGAGAAGCAACUAGUAAUAGGCUUUGAUUGUGAGGGGGUUGACCUUUGUCGCCAUGGGACUCUUUGCAUCAUGCAGCUUGCCUUCCCAGAUGCAAUAUAUUUGGUUGAUGCCAUUGAGGGUGGUGAGAUGCUUGUAAAAGCCUGUAAGCCUGCACUUGAGUCUAGUUACAUCACAAAAGUUAUUCACGAUUGCAAACGAGAUAGUGAGGCAUUAUAUUUUCAAUUUGGCAUCAAGUUACACAAUGUUGUUGAUUCCCAGAUUGCUUAUUCUUUGAUUAAGGAGCAAGAAGGACAGAAAAGAGUGCCUGAUGACUACAUUUCAUUUGUUGGCCUCCUCGCUGACCCACAAUACUGUGGCAUAUCAUAUGUUGAGAAGGAAGAAGUUCGAACUCUAAUGAGGCAGGAUCCUAACUUUUGGAAGUAUAGACCAUUGUCAGAACUAAUGAUCCGGGCAGCUGCAGAUGAUGUUCGAUUUCUUCUAUUUGUAUAUCAUAAGAUGGUGGAGAAAUUGAACCAAAGAUCCUUGUGGUAUCUUGCAGUCCGUGGUGUGCUUUACUGCAGAUGUUUUUGCAUCAAUGAUAAUAAUUAUGCAGAUUGGGCGACUUUGCCUCCAGUUCCAGAUGAUCUGAUUGUUAAUGAGAAUGCUCCAGAACAAGAAGUCCUCUCAGUUCUUGAUGUCCCCCCAGGCAAAAUGGGCCGUGUUAUUGGAAGACGGGGAGUUAAUAUCCUGUCAGUAAAGGAGUCAUGCAAUGCUGAAAUUUUCUUUGGAGGUGAUAAAGGUCCUCCUGACAAGAUUUUUAUCAUUGGGCCAGCGAAGCAGGUUAGGAAAGCAGAAGCAAUGCUAAGGGGAAGAAUGCUGGAAAUGUACUGA